AAAAAAAAAGGGGAAUGGAUGGAAUGGCGUCUAAAGUUUAUUUAUGUCUUAGAUAGGUAUAUAAAGAAGUGAUCUUGGUGAAGUCAGUAGUAAAACUAUUUAUUUUAUUUAAGUAAAUAAACUCAGUUGUGUCAACGGGUCUAUACUAAAAGUUUAAUAACUUCAAAAUGUCGUCGGACACAGCGCAAGUUAGCUCGUUGCCCUUGCCUCCAAUGCAGUAUAUCAACUUCUAUACUGAUGAAAAUGUUCGAAGAAAUAGAGCACCUCUGCCUCCUCGUCCGAUUCAUGAUUCAUAUUCAAUGUUUGGACAUCCUUUUAAUGCUGAUGACACCAUUAUUAGGUCAUUAGAGAGCCAGGGUUUCAGAAGACUUUAUCCUAUGCAUUUUGAAAGGAGACGGGAAUUGAAGAAAUUGAAUCACUCGCUGCUGGUUAAUUUCCUAGAUCUGUUAGACUUGUUAGUGCAUUGCCCAGAUUCUCCAAAGCGAGCUGAAAAGGUGGAGGAUCUCAGUUUGUUAUUCAUCCAUAUUCACCACCUUCUCAAUGAGUUUAGGCCUCAUCAAGCCAGAGAGACAUUGCGAGUUAUGAUGGAGCUGCAAAAAAGACAGAGAGUUGAGACUGCCAUGAGAUUCCAAAAACAUUUGGAUAAGGUUCAGGACAUAUUACAGAAUGCAUUACAAAGUUUGCCUGAUCAGAAUGAGUUGGAUUCAAACUUCAAGAUACCUACUGAAAUAUUGGAUCAGAUGGAAUGCAACACCAAUGAUAAUGCCAAUGCAGACCCUUGUUAUGAACUGGAUCGCAUUAUGUGUAAUGUUGUUGACAAUAUGAGAUAAAUAUUGUUUCAAUGUUUUAUGCAUUAACAUCUCAUCUACUGAGAUACACAAUAGAUUUUACAUUGUAUCUGGGCGAGAUCUGCAUUCCCACAUUAAAAAAGUUAAUUUAAAAGGCAAUAAAAUAAAACAAGUAUUACUAUAAGAA